CGAGCGCGCAAGGGAGGCACGGAAACCUACUAUGAGAUUUUGGAGAGGCGGGUUGAUUCAAAAGAGGGAAUGCCGAGACAGUCAUURCGUUAUGUACGAAGUGCAUUGUGCGCAACUGAAAUAAAGGUUGUGAGAAUUGAAUCUUGAGUCAACAAAUCUGUUGACACAACAAACACACGUUCAGUGAACAACAACUGCGUCGAAGUGCUGUUGUCAAUCAACCCAUCAAACCUAUAGCCAACAAGCUAUAACACUCGCUCCUAUCKAAGACACAAGAGRCGACCGCGAGUGAUUGAAUUUAUCAUCGAACAAUUCAGAAAGAUCCGACCAAGUAGAAGUAGAUCUUUGCCGACAAACAAUCUGUUUUAGCGAGACUUUUUCGAACGAAGAGUGUGUCAACCUAUUUCCUUUAGAUUCCACCGGCCUUGAAUUCUGUUUCCAAYUGAGGAAGAACCGCCCUAGUCAAGAUCGCAAGAUGGUAAAAAUGUCUAACAAUAGCACGAGCAGCAUCUCUUUGGCCACUGCCACUACCCUCUUCUUCUGCGCGUUUUCUGUCCCUCGAGGAGUUGUCCAUGGAUUGAGUGUUCCGCUUGCCUCGGAUCCUACGAACGUGAGAAACCAAUGGGAUCUGGACUUGCAAGGAAGCUUUGGCACCGUGACAAUCCCAGGGGCUAGCCUGAAUUCAGAGUCCUAUUCGCGGGGAAGGUUUUUCGACAACGACGACGAUGGUUUUUCCUACUCGCCUUUGUUGCCCAUCGAUUCCGACUCGGCCGUCCCGUAUUCUCACSACUAUGCCGACGAUCACGGCUACGAGUACUACACAGGUGCGUACGCACCAUCCUCUUUCGGUAGUCGCAGGUUCCCCGGUAGCUCGCUUUCUAUGAUGGCUUCUUCCCCGCCGACACAAGUAUGGAAGUACAACAACCUGUUUGUGGGGGGGCACAAGAGAAAUGGCUGGGGGAACCGCAGAUCCCACUCGCGGCCCCUGGCRUCACCCGCCCUUUCGAUGGCCAAUUAUAUGCAAAACGGGGGCCCCGGAAAGGGCGGCAACAAUCGUCGGCGAUCCGGAAACUACAACAACAACAAUUACGACGACUACAACGAUAAUUACAACGAUCGGAACAACCGAAACAAUCGAAACCGGGAUGGUUACUACGGCAACAAUGACCGUUUGCGCCAGCAGCCAUCCUCUCGAAACAAUACUCCCCGUGGUAGCAACCGCUUCAACACGGUUGGAGGGCUCGGUUCGGUCAACGGAGCCAAUCUUUCGCAAGAUGGUCGUUCCUUGCAAUUCCAGAACCGCCGGGAUUCGAACACCGCCGGACGAAGUGGAAGAAUGAUGGACGAUUCCUUUUCCCAGUUUGCCCCCGACAAUAAUUCCCGUUUCGAAUCGAGACCACCCAAUGACAACUACGCACGGGGUGGCUACCGCCAAGAUUCGCGGGACGGAUAUUGGAAAGAUCCUAACAAUUACAACGUCCAGAACGGCCCGGGUUACAACUCUGGAGGCAACAAUAGCUACGCGUCUUCCUCGGUUCCUUCCACUGGUUUUAGACCCAUUCCUCCCGGUGAUUACGUCUCGGCACCCGCCGUUCGUGGGCCCUUCAAUUACGAGUACGGACGAAACAAUGUAGGUGGGGGCAAUGUACCAUAUGAUAGUGCCUACUACAACAACGAUUACAGCUCUGGMAAUUUCAACGGCUACAACACUAUCGACGGUGACGACGAAUACUAUUCGCGCAAUGGAAACGUAAUGGACAACCGUAGACGAUCGGGGGGACGCGGAGRAGCACCGGGAGGGGACCAGWAUUACUACAAUCUCGAUUACCGGGAUUCCAAUCGGCGGAUGGAUCGUGGCGGAGGUCUCAUGAACUAUCGACCCAACUACAACCAGCGGGGCGGAAACGAGUACGACAACCAACGAGGCGACGAGUACUAUUACGAUGACCCGUACGAUUCCUCUGGGUCCUUUUACAACCACGAAGGGAAGCGGGUCAGACGGUUCGACCCCGUUUACGAUCGACCCGAUGGAUACUAUAACCCCGACGACAUUACCAACGACAGCACCGAUCCGGAGCGGAUGAUCCAGAACCAGCGCCGCCGCGAUGGCCGAGACGUCAAGUCUGGUGCUCAUCUKAGACGGUAUAAUCCGGAAUGGGACUCGAACCAGGGACUGUACAACGAAGCGUCUCUGUACGGAAACGAUGUGAAAGGAACCCGGCAGUACAGCAACGGGUACGGCGAUGACAUUAACAAUCGGGUUUCUCCACGCCGUCGACCCAACACCCAGGACGGCAGCUGGGGCAAUCGGGAUCAAUACUCCAUCAGACCAAACAACGGUCAGUACAAUGAUUAUCGAGACGAUCGAUUCGUCGAAGACGGAUACGAUCGGGGGCCGAACCGAUUCGACAAUCGCCAGGGAAACCGGGACGAAAGAUAUAUCGAUCGCCGAGGCGAUGACUACUACGAUCAAUACGACGAGUACGACGGUAAUGGUCGUUCCCGAAGGGACAGUCCGAGGAGAGGCCUCGGGCGGAGGGACAUGGAUGGAGAACGCGACUACUACCGCGGUGACGAGUACGGCGGGCCCAAYAUUCGUCGGGACGACUCGAUGGAACGAUUUCGACAGGGCAAGGACGUGAAAAAGAACGACCCCUACGGAUUCGAAACUGGAAACACACCGAGCAGCAAGAAACGCAUCCRAACUGGCAGGGAUCCGAGGAUGAGCAACAACAGCCAGCGUGGCAACAGCCGACAACGCGUUGGACCGAUGCAGAGGGGACGCGAGGAUCCCCGAACCGGGCGUGGAUCGACCGUGAACGGGAGCUAYAAUGGUGGUUCUCGCAACGGCCGAAUCAACGGCUCGGGGGGUAGGGAUCGUGGAUUGUCCCUCGACGAUCUGAACGAGUUGUUGUAGGCAGGAAGACGAUCGGUCUGAUGGAUUCGUUUCAUUCUCUCAUUAGUUCGUGUUGUGGUGCACAAAGAUUGGUUUGUCAUCCACGCUUGUGCCCGUGGCAAGGGCCGGGCCAUCUCUUGCACGCGCCGAUCGAAUUCGUCUCAUUUCACGCACARCCACGCAGACGCAUACAAACACCGGGGGUGGGGGCAACAAGGGCAACACAAAGAUCGCGCCGGACGACACCUAAUACACAGCAUAUAACAUCACACCUCGCACUCGUUAAGAAUUGUUUAUACAUCGUGCCUAGUCACUACGUACCUUCUCAGUAUCCGUUUCUUGCAUACUGAAUGCAUACAUUAUUCGUCACACGUCAGGAAUUUCCGAAAACACCAAAUGAAAAUACUGCUUGUAAUACGUACCGUAGCACAAGUGAAAGUAAAGAAAUACACACGGAUUCCGUACGACGUACGAUACUUUAGGUUGUUAGUAUCCAUAACCAGCGAAUACUGUAAAAAAUACUUUUAAUAAUC